UGCGAAGGGAUGAUUUGAGCCAACGCCGUCGCGGUGCUGGCGUCGGCAUGAUGUCUGCUGUUCGAUUUUUCGACAUCGGCCGUCAUACUCACCGUCACCAUCUAAUAUCUCAAUAUUAGAAAACAUGAGAAGCUAAAAUAACAAAAAAAUGGUCGGCAUGGCGAAUAUGGAGGAUCAUGAAAGGAAAAUCGUGAUGGAGUUCGUUCAUUUAUUAGAAAAAUCCAAACAACUAUUCAAUGGUUUGAGGGACCUGCCGCAAUACGGCCAUAAACAGUGGCAAGCUUAUUUCGGAAGGACUUUUGAUAUCUAUACUAAGUUAUGGAAAUUUCAACAGCAGCACCGUCAAAUUUUAGAUUCGAAGUAUGGUUUGAAGAGGUGGCAAAUUGGAGAAAUAGCAUCUAAAAUUGGACAACUUUAUUAUCAUUAUUAUUUGAGGACUAGCGAAACAAAUUAUUUAAAUGAAGCAUAUUCAUUUUACGCUGCAAUCAGAGGUCGAGCAUACUAUUCUAGAGCAGCAAAAGAAGAUAGAUCUGAAUUGAUGGUGAAAAAAUUGCGCUACUACGCCCGAUUUAUAGUAGUUUGCCUGCUUCUCCGGCGAAUGAAACUAGUGAGAGAAUUAAUUGCGGAACUAGAUAGACAUAUCGCCGAUUAUACUAGUACCUACGAACCUGAUGACCAGAUUGAAUGGAGUCUAGUACUGGACGAAAUAAAAGGUUUCAUACAGUCCGAUUCUUUGGUGCAGGUGCUGCACGCAGAUACAAAUCCUAUAGUUUUAUCUCACAGAUUGAGUCCACUCACUACGCCACCCGUGGAAAAGUCCCAGUACAUGAACUUAACUUUACAAGAAAUACUGAUAGUAGGCAGCGCAUCAGAACAGGUGAAAUUCUCCGAGUUGACGAUGGACAUGUUUCGAAUGAUCCAGACCCUUGAACGGGAGCCCCAGGAAGAUUUCAACCAUAUAUACGAUGCUUCUCCUGCACCUGGUCGAGUUCCAUAUGCAGUUCCUGGACAAAAAGGGUAUUUCGAAAACGGAGAAAGGCCCUUACGAAGGGAAAAUCCUCACAAAUAUCUAUUAUUCAAGCCAACACUUAGUCAAGUACUAGUAUUUUUGGCUAGCGGCUUUAAGGAACUUCCGACUAAUGGUGCUUUGUUAUUAUAUUUGUCUGCGGAUGGAUGCUUUUCGACUACGAAACACCCAGAAGACAUGGGCUACGACCUUGGUGGUGUUUUGACCAGUAGUAAAAGAGAUGGUGAACACAAGAAACAAAAAGAAGCUCACUGCCUAUAUCCUGGUGAUUUAUAUCCAUUCACAAGGAGACCGUUAUUCGUAAUAGUGGAUUCGGAUAAUAGUUUUGUUUUCCAACAUAUUCCUAGGUAUUUUGGCCAGCCUUUGGUCACUCUUAUGUCACCUCAAGAUACACCACCUGCUUUUCAAGAUCAACAACAUAACGGCUCCCUUUUUACAUUAUUUCUCCAUUCGCCAUUAACUGCGUUUUGUUACUGCUGCAACUUAACAAGUAUUCCAAUUCACCACUGGGAAAGGUGUCAAAGUUUCGUGGACCGAUUCGUGACGGAAGCCUCUCGCCUUUUCACAAGAUCAAGAGUGGGUGAGUAUAAUGAAGAAGCAUCGUACUUGCAAUUCUUCGGCGACGACUUCCUACGUUUACUCCUGCUCCGCUACGUGUUCUGUGAUGUGGUGUUACACCUACAUAGGGCCUUUAAAGGCCGCCAAUACCGUCCCCGAUGCCAGCCUCCCCUUCCCGAAGCGGAGCUACUUGAGCACCCGUCUCUGCAGCACCUCGUAUUGGACCUCGCGCUGCACCUAGAAGUUAGAACCCACUUCAUGGAGAGCCACGAAAUCGAAUGAUCCAGGUCUUCCUCCUCAUGGCCAUGUGUGGGGUUUAGUGAUAUUUGGAGGUCUUCUUCACGGCACACCCAUGAGGUUGAAGUCGCGGCCAGAGGAAGAUCCUUGAGGCAGACCGUAAUGCUGAUCGCCUUCGCUCUAGUGUUUCUGCUUACACAUACGCGUUUCUUGUGGAUAGCCAUCGAACUUCUGCAGUUUUUUUGGACUCUUUACUCAUUUAAUGACAGAUUAAGUCGCAAAUACUACCCAGUAUUAGUCAAUAUGUUGAUCAGUAUUAGGGUUUCGACAUGCCUUAGUCUGUGCAAGAUAGCAUCGUCCAGAUGUAAAUCGUCACUUCACUGGACUUCUUUAAGGAACUCGAAUAAUCUAUGUAAGGUGAUAUUAACAUAGCUCGAAAUGAGCUUGGCGUCUUUCAAAAUUCCGUUCACUUGUCGAAUUAUCGUUACUAAUGUCGACUUUCGGACAUUACUACAGAAUAAGUACGUUUUUAACAUUGCCAUCUACCUGUUAUCGUCAUCCUGAGUCCCAUGUAUCAUAAAUACUCUCCUCGUUCUGAAUCUAUGACCAACAGUGAUCAAUAAGCCUUCACGUACCGAAUACGAUGAUACGUCUUAACUUAACAUUAAUAUUGAUCGCAUGAAGUUAGAAGUAGAAUAGUAUAUUCAAUAACAAUUAAAAAUUCACUCGUCACACAAUUAAUUGUAACAAUUGAUAUUUAAUGGCACUUAUUCGCUCAUUAUACAAAGGACUCUUCAGAUUUUCAAUAUUCGGCCAGAUGAAAUUUUAUUCAGUUUACGAAAAUAGGAAAAAAUCAAUCCUUCAGAAAAAAGAAAGGUAAUUUAAACGUUGCUUGCGAGCAUUUGUGAGCCUAAGAGUUUUCUCAAGUACCUAGUCAUCUAAAAAUACCUCCAAAAGGAAUGGUACAGUGAAGUAAAAUUUGACUAGGCGCCAAAGUAACUCCAUUUAGUCCCAUUAAUGAAAAAUAUUUCCUCUUCAUGUUGAAAAUAGUCAAUCUUGAAAUAUGGAUCGUGAAACCUAUAUUCAGGGCAACGAAAACUAUCAGAGAGAGUAUAAAGUCAUCUGAAAGACUUCAGAGAGUCUUUAGCAAACAAAGAAAAAGGUGUGAGCACUUAAUGAACACAAGAGAAAGUGUCGCCUCACUAAAGACAAUCACAUUAUCUUGUUCUGAAAAUCACAAACUCUUGACGAAACUCAGAAUUACUAUGCGAUAGAAAUUCAUGAAUAUAGAGGCAUUUUUAUUCAAAAGAAAGAGGGGAAUUAACACAAACGAAAUCUGGCUACCUUAUCUGAAUUGUACACAAAUUUGGUCAUUAAAUCCAACCAAUAAGAACGAAGUCACACGCAGUACCGAUGCAAUAAAACUGUAGACGCAUCUCAAUCAGUAUUGUUCCUGAUGUUACUUCAGUAAUAAAACGUUACUUUUUGUCGUUCAAAAUUAGGUACCAAGUUAUGUUCAUACCGGUUUUUGUUACCUUUUAAAAAGCUUUCAGUUGACAGUUUAUGCAUCAAAGAACUGACAGUUGACUCAAAACUAACGGUGUCACCUCAGCAUUUGUAUCGUACCCUAGUUAAUGUAUCGAAACCGACGGUUGAAGAGCAUUUGUUAGUUUUGAUACGUCGACUAUCAUUUUUGGAGAUUGUUGCCAACCUCUCGUGGUGACGCUUGUGUGCUAUUCAUUCGGAAUUUCUGUCAAAUCUGUUACAAAAUUUGGUUCGAUAAGGAACAACACUGAUUCCAAUUAUAUAGUAUCUACUCUGAGGCAACGAGAGCAUUUCAUUCAUUACUUCAUCGCUUUCGAUAAUGUAUUCGUCGUAGACGAAACGUCAGUCAUAAAAACUCUACAGAACGUGACCAGCAAAUCAGUACCUAUAUCCUCAAUAUUUUUGCAUUCUCUAGUUAAUAUAUACAGGGCUUUUUUUUUAUCAGAGAAUUUAUUAUUUUAUAUAUGAAGGCUUAACGAAUAUUUUGUUUUAACCAUUCUAAUUUCAUAACAUUGGUGAAGAAAAAAUAUACAUUAAUUUUGAAGAGUUCUUUGUCAAACGCACGUACAGAUUCUGAUAGUCUUAUCAACUGGAAAGAAAUAUUGUUCCCAUAUAUCCCAUAUAAUUUUUCUUCCAUCAUUGAAACAUAAUUUCACACUACUGAGCUAAAAAACUUUUGAUUACUGAAUACCUAAUGAAGGUUAUACUUUCCAAAUGUUUGGCGUUACCCAUGUUACAAUUUUCAGAUGAAAUUUUGUUCAAAUACUGUACAUAUUUUAUCAAAGUUAAGUAAUUGAUAAUUAAUUGUAGACUAAUCGACGCCUCUGCGAGGAAAUUCAAUCCAAAUAAUGUGAGGAAACACGUUCCAACAGAUUAACGUACAUUUGGUCAUUUCAGUGUUCUUGAAGACAUUUUUGAAAUAAAAUCUUAAUUCAAUGCAUCUUGGCUAAUCAACUAUUUGUUUACUCGGGAAUGGUUUAAUACUAAAAAACAUUGAAAAAAUUAGUAGUACAAAAUAAUCUAUACACUUUUUAAUGAAUUCAUUUUAAAAUUAUCUUCACUUAGUUCCUUUUACUCUGAGAUAGCAGUUUUCAUUCCAAAUAAUGAAAUCACCCAAACUAUUUGAAAAAGAAAGUUUUAGUACCCCUGGUGAGAGAGAAGUUAGAAUAAAACCCUUUUUCUCCUUUUUUAUACUAUUUUCAAGACAAUUUUUUCUCAUUUUUCAGUUGCAAUACUCAUUCUACAAACAACUUCAGAAAAAAUUAACUUUUUUCACUGAGUUUUGAAAGUAGGCCGCCAAUUCCCACGAACAUGUGACAAAUUUUGAUUGAACAGAUUAAAUAAAAUGAAAGGACGUGUUUCCCUAAUGAAACAUUGAAUAUUCCAAGCAUUCGCUUGUCCCAUUGGCGAAUAGUGAAACUAGAGAAAUUUUUCAACUGCCUGCACACCACGUAGAAUGUUUACGAUAUCUCAUUAUAUUUUCAAUGUAGGACUUCAAACUUUCAAUCUGAUAGUACUAUCGAAUAUUUUGAAACAUUUCCAAUAUUAUUUCGAAUAAUAUUUUCAAAAGCCUUCAUGGUCCAAAAAUCAUAAAUCCUAAGUCAUGAAUAGAUAAAGUAAGAUUGAAUAAUAUGUGAUUGUAUGUUUGAACGAGACGUACAAUCUGAAUGCGAAAUACAACAGAAAAUGUGGUUGAGUGUAAGAGUAGCUCACACUAAACAUCACCAUAUUAAAUAAAGGCAAUUUAUCAUUAUCAUUAGUAAUGUUAUUAUCAUUAUUUCUUUCAAUAAUGUAUUCAGCCUAUUUCACUUUGAAUGACCUCGUUUAUCAACAAGGACUAUACAUAACACGAAAUAUCGUUCAAUGCAAUAGACACCAAUGAAAUGGAAAACUAAUGACUUUUUUGAACUCCACAUUGUCUGCUCACUUUAUAUGCAAGUUUAGGUAUUAGGUUUUUUUGAUAUCAUAUUCUUUUAUUGUUUCCAACAUUCGAUACUACCAUUGGUCUGUUACUAUAUUUGUGAAAUUGUCUAGAUAAAGUUGGGUAUCACAGAAUUCUCAGAUAAAUUCCUAAUAUACUUUACUUAAGACUUAAAUAUAAUUAUCAGUCUUUCAUCAAGUUUUUGACUUGUAUUCGUAAUUUUCUAGAAAAAAUGUAUUCGGUUCACAUGAGAUGUCCAUCUUUAUUUUACCAAUAUUCGCUUGCCUUUUUAUAGUUUUUGUAUGAAAUUAUAAAUUAAAGUAAUAAUUAUUAUAUUUGGAAACAAAAACCAAGAAUGAAUUAAAAAUUAAUUUUAUAAAAAAUAUGCUAUUUGUUAAACAUUUAAAUAUAUUGGAAAUGGAACCUUUUUCAUUCUUCUAUGUUGUAUAUACUUUCUUGUGGAAAUUUUAAAAUAAACCUAUAACAAAUUA